GAAGAAAAACAAAGGUAUUUGAACAAAGUACAAGUUUUAGGCACUUGCGAUCCAUAUACAGCACCUGCCGCAUGUAUUUCAAUCACUGAAAACAGCGAAGUCCCUGCCAGAGCUCCACUUUGGCAAUAUUGUGGAGAAUCCAUCCCCUUACACUGUCGCCAGGAUGAAAGCGUACAAAAGUACAGACAGUCAUCUGUAUUUUCGAUCUGGAUGGGUCAAUGAUGCUGCUGUUUGGGACGUGAAGGAGAAGAAAUUAAUCACUGUCUGAACAAAGGUAAACCAUUCAUACUGUUUAAACUGUUAGUGCACCCAACUGAACAACAACUAUGUGACAUUUUGGCAAAACAAAUCUGGUAAAUAUAACUGGCAGGCAGCAGAAGAAAGCCGAGUUUGGCCCUCCAGGUGGCCGUUCCCAUAAGAAUGUGACGUCAGUUGAAAAUUAUGAAUAACAGCAACCACACAACCAACUACUCCAACCGCAGAACCAACCACUGCAUCUACAGCUUAAGAGAUUCAGUUCCAACUCCAGAGGCCACAACUACUACACUCUUUACUACACACAAAAUAAGGAAAACAACACCAGCCUCCACCACCCCUAGGACUUUUGUCUGUAGUAGUUACUCCAACUCUCAGCAUCCUUCCAAGAACAUUUAUUGGUGUUCAUGUAUGCUGGGGCAAGACGAUAAACACACUACACUGCAGUAUGUGCUGACACGAUUCAAUAUUUUGGAGCAACAUAGAAUAAGGUACAACCAUGCCAAUAUUCCUAUAUUUCUGCAUUCUGCUCUAUUUCAUCUGCUGCUCUGCCACUGAGAAGAAUGUGACUAAGGAUCUUUAUGGCAAAGAUGUGACAGCAGUUCCAGAAACACUGAAAGAUGGAGCCACAGAAGUCUAUUUUGUUGGCAGUCAGAUUGGUGUCAUACCAAAAGGAGCAUUUUCCAAAAACCCUCAGCUAGAGUUAAUUGAGUUUUUUCAGACACCUACAACUUCUAUAGAAGAAGGUGCAUUUGAAGGUUUAGAACAUCUGAAAACCAUUGACAUUUCAGAGACCGAAGUGACAUCUUUACCUGUUGGUGUUUUUAAGGAUCUGACCAGCCUUCAUAAAUUGAUUCUGAAAUCAAGCAACAUUCAGAGGCUAGAAAAGGGACUGUUUCAUGAUACCAGGAAUCUUGAAAUACUCCGGAUGCAAGACAACAAGAUUUCAACAAUUGAAGAGGGAACAUUUGAUCACUUGGAGAAUCUCACAGAGCUUAAUCUUGGAAAGAACAAUCUUACUUCCAUCUCAUCAUCCCUUUUUUCAAAGCUCAAUAAGCUGAAAAUAAUUAGGUUGAAUGAGAUCCAGCUGACAUCAAUGCCUGAUGGAAUUUUUGAUAAUCUACCAAAUCUGACGGAAAUACAAAUAAAUGGCAACAGAAUCACACGCAUACAACCGAAUUUGUUUCCACAUAAAAACAUAUUGACAACGCUGUUAUUAGACAAUAAUCUCUUAACUGAACUUCAACCUGAGCUAUUUAUGGGUUUCUCUGCACUUAGAAGGUUAAAGCUGAAUCACAAUCAGCUCACCGCUCUCCCCCCUCUACUUUUCACAGAAACGCAUAAUAUGAUUGAAUUAUUUCUGAACAACAACAAUUUUACAUCCUUACCUGCUGGGAUUUUUCAGUCACUGAACCAGCUUAAGAAAUUAGACCUGUCCUCAAAUCGGUUUUCAACACUUUCUGGAAAUUUUUUUGAUGGACUUAAGAAACUUUCUGAGCUCAAUCUUCAGAAUAAUCUCAUUGAAGCACUGAAGUCUGAAGACUUCAUAAACCUACAAUCUGUUUCUACCCUCAAACUGGAAAACAAUAAACUGAGAACAAUUCCAAGAUAUGUCUUUGAUUCUCUGCCAAAACUCAAAAAGAUAUAUUUGAACAACAAUGCAUGGCACUGUGACUGUAACCUGCUGCCCAUGUACAAGUGGAUGAAGGAAAAUCUGCCUAAGAUAAAGUCUUCUUCUCUAGUGGUUUGUGAGUAUCCUGAAGAGUUGAAAGGCCAAUCAAUCACAUCUUUAAAAGAAGACCAACUGAUAUGUCCCCUAACUCUGCUAACCAUUACAAACACUAUGACCAUUCCAACAACUACCAUCGCAUUAGAAACCACUCAGCCUACAACUACACCAUCAACCACAUAAUCUUCUACAAAAGCUCCUCUGACAACCACAGGAAUCCUUACAACAACCGCAACUUCAACUACACUAUCCACCACUAUAGCAACAACCACACCACCAACUACUCCGACCGCAGAACCAACAACAGCAUCUACAGCUUUAACAGAUUCAGUUCCAACUCCAGAGGCCACAACUACUACACUCUUUAACUGCACACAAAAUAAGGAAAACAACACCAGCCUCCACCACCCCUAGGACUUUUGUCUGUAGUAGUUACUCCAACUCUCUGCAUCCAUCUCCUUGCAUGUUUGCUGUAUGUUACUGUAUGUGGUAGCAUAUGGGGAUACUAUAAACUAAAAAUCAUUUAUUUAACAUAAAAUAUGUAAGUACGUAUUGACAGUAGCCUUUCACAAAAUGUUAAGAUUGGCACAUGUUAAAAAAAAGGUUUUGCUGUGUUAAGACAAUAGGGGGAAAAACUAAUGCUUUCUUUUAAAAUGCCCUAAAUUCUAGGUAUUAGCCAGCUAAGCACAGGGGCUACUUAUUUUAGGUAAAACAACAAUGUAAUUUGGCAAAACUGCCUAAGGGGUUAUAAAGUAUUUAUGAAAAAAACAACAACAAAAAAAACAAACAAAAAAAAAAACAAUAAAGUAAACCAGUAAACUGGAAAAGACUAAAAAAAACAUGUUAAGUUAUUUAUCCUAAUAAAUUCACACAAGGCAUAACUUCUUGUAGAACAUUUAUUGUGAGUACAAUCAAUUCCUUAAUAGCUUGUUACUCUAAGUACAUAUCCAAUGUUGAGGUAUUUUAUUUUCUACAUUUCUACUUAAUACCUUGUCAGGCAUUUUAGUAUGAUUAAGGUAGUGCUUAUUAGUGUAUUGAAAAGGUUAGCUGUUUAACAUAUACAACAUAUCUUUACUUUUGAAGUACCAAAUUUGAAGCAUAAUUGUAGCACAUUCUUAACCAGUUAAUACAUAGAACCUAGUUAAAAACAACAACAACAGGCUUGUGUAUGCUCCUGAUUUAAUGAUACAUACAUUACAUUCAGUAAAACAAACAAACAAACAAAAAAAACAUUUUUAAAUAUUAUUUCAGACAAUUAUUGGCUGUGUCAGGAAUUAACUGCAAAAACUGAAGGAAGUGUGACAGUCAAAGUCUUCAGAAGAACUGUGUCAGGUUCUCCAAGAUGUUUUAACAAAACUUGCCAGUCAAUUUCCUUAUAAAACUGCACAAAGUGUACCUGACACUACUCAGACAUUUUUAAAAAACAAAGGCUUGUCAUGCUAAAUAUUGACUUUGUUUAGUUGAAGCUGUUUGCUGCUUUAUUUUUGUCAAAAACAUUUAAUUGCAUUAUUUUUAAGGCAUCUUUAUAGCAUUUCUUUACAUCUGCCUAUGAGUUUGGCACAGUAUUGAACAUAAGAAACUAGAUGCAGUUACGUUACCUUUGUAUUUUUUAUAUAAUUCAUAAUACAUAUAAACUGUGUAUAUUUCUUUGUAGGAUGCUUAAGCUUGUUUGCAUGAGUCAUUGAAAGGGAUUAAAGAAACUGACAUGAUAAUUGUACUAAUCCUUAUAAAUAAACAUGCCUUUUGUCUUAUUUCCCUUUCA